GUUGAUAUACCUGAAUGCCUGCUACCCGCACCAAAAUCUAGCUAUGUGGGCUUCGAGUCUCCCAAUGGCAUGCCAAUCAUGCCCGAGAGGAGGGCUCUUCAAACGCUCUCCCCAUAUUUGGAUAAAUCGCAGACAAAUAAUCGAGUUCAGGGUUUCACAGAGAUACUGCUCGAUGACUUUUCAAUAUACCUCGAUACCAACGACUAUCCGGAAGAGAUGCGGUCUCUCCAUCACCUAAACACAAAAAAUAGACACAAAAACUUCUUUUUUGACGGCUUUCUUGGCAUUGGCAACAAGAGAGUAUAUGUGCGUCGUGUACAGAUAGUUGCGGUUCCCAUCGGAAACUACGGCUCUCUCUCUAAGCGCACUGUGCAGGGAAACAUCUGGCUACAGUCUUCUUUAGGUUCUAAACAGGCGUUAUUUUACAAAUUGGGAAACCCGGCAAGGGAAUAUGGGCGUUUCUUUUACCCCUUCUUAUGGGUUGCGGAUUUGGCGAAACAUUUUGUGGAUUUUCUUUGCAUCAUGGGGGAAAACAGGCGCAAGGUUUCUAUUCAUCACUUUCGAUCGACUUUUGCUGCAUGGCUGAGGAAGAGCCACAUGGAAUCCCCAGAGUUUAUUGAGUGGCUAAGCCAACACCCAAGCGAAGACUAUCGAAGCUCGGUUGUUGCUAACAUCAAAUUUCUCUACAAGGAGACUAUAGGAGUGCUGGGUCACCUCAAAUCUUCCUUUCACACUAUAUGGGCUGAAGUUUUGGAAUUUCAGCUGUUUAAGAGCUUGCCUAUGAAAGCAGAUCCCCCAACAAUCGUUACUCAGUACAUAUUCGAUUGCUUUGAACAUUUGCCGUUUGGCGAUCGUCUUCAGGUCAUCCCUUUGAGUAUAGAGACUACUAAUCUUCGCAAUGAUUUGAUCCGACAAAGGCACUUGGAAUACCCGUCAAACUUGCAUCAGAUAGCCAAGGAUCUGUCUGCGCCAUCACAAGAAAGUAUCAAUAAUAUUAAACCAGGCGACACCAUAUCAACCCACCGGGAUGAUGUGGCAUCGGGGACGUUAUGGAAGAGAGAACUAUCCAAGGGCUUCUCAGACGUUGACAGAUGGUUUGCCCUGGUACAAUCUGUCCACGUUAACAGGAAUGGACUGCGCACGUUUGAUGUGAUCUGGUACUAUCGGCCAGUGGAUACACUCUGUGGUUUGAUGAAAUAUCCAUGGAAUAAUGAACUAUUCCUCUCAGACCACUGUUCUUGUUCCGAGCCAUCCAAAAUCGACGAAAAUGAGAUUCUCGGCGUCCAUGACGUCGAGUUUUGGGGUACAUCCACGACAAAAGCAGAGUUCUUUUGCCGUCAGACCUAUCUCCAAGAAGAAAGAAGAUGGGUGACUUUGAAGGAAAGCCACUUAUGGUGUGAGCAUACUUGGGUACAAUCUAAGACGAACUCCACACCGGCAUAUCGACCCGGACAGCCAUAUUUGUUGCACUUGGAUCUAAGUACUGCCAUUUCAGAACCUUGCGAAUUUAUAACCUCUUUUAGAGAAAGCGGCACCAGAGUUUAUCAAUUCAGACGACUUCUGCGCCGUAAACAAGUUGAUCCAAAUGCUCCGAACGCGCGACCAAACGAGCUUGUAUACAGCGAGCAAACUGUCAAAGUGAAGAAGAGUCAAAUCUUAACCACUUGCUCAGUGAGGUUCUUUCGAGAUGGUGAUAAAAUCCCUACGCCAUAUGAUCGUGAUGGUACGGGAAAUCUCUUCUACAUCACUCACCAGAAAAUUUUCAUUGGCGGAACUGCAUUUUACAUCCCGUUGGAAAGAGCACCAGCUUCUCUGCAUCAAGGAUAUGAUCCCCUCCAAGCAAUAGAAAAACUCUGUGGAAUUGACUUAUUCUGUGGAGGAGGUAACUUUGGCAGGGGUCUUGAAGAUGGCGGAUGCAUUCAAAUGAAAUGGGCAAACGACUAUGACAGUAAAGCAAUUCACACCUACAUGGCGAAUGUAAAAAACCCCGAAGACGUUCAUCCAUUUCUCGGCUCCAUUGACGAUUUGCAACGACUGUCUAUGCAAGGCGAAUUCGCAAAGAAUGUACCCAAGAUUGGAGAUGUCGACUUUGUGUCUGGUGGCAGCCCCUGUCCUGGCUUCUCUGCUCUUACCAACGACAAGACCACCGCAGCACAGAGGAAGAACCAGUCGCUUGUCGCAGCUUUUGCAUCCUUCAUAGACCUCUACCGGCCAAAAUAUGGCGUCUUGGAGAAUGUGCCCGGCAUAGUCAACAAGAAAACAGCACGAGACCAAGAUGUUUUCAGCCAGCUUAUCUGCGCUCUAGUCGGCCUAGGCUACCAGACGCAAUUCUUCUUCCUUGACGCAUCGUCAUGCGGGUCGCCACAGCGCAGAUCUCGCAUCUUUGUCGUCUUUGCCGCCCCUGGCCUCGAGCUACCAAAGAAACCGGCGCAAACGCAUUCGCAUCCUCCAAACACGCGAGAACUCGGCAUCGGAUACCUGCCCAACGGCCAACACAUGGCAGCUCGGGAAAUGGCCAAAACCACUCCAUUCAAGUACGUGUCCGCAGAAGAAGCGGUGUCAGACCUGCCUUGCAUCUACGACGCCCAGCCUGAUAUCUGCGUUCCAUAUCCCGACCACCGCGUCACGAGAGGCUUUACCAGAACGCAGCGAGCUCGCAUAUCUGCCGUACCAACUCAGCCAUGGGGCAUGGACUUCUCGCAGGCCUGGUAUGGAGAAGCCCGAUCCAAAGCACAAGCCGGCGCGGGCACAAUGACGGCAGCUGAACGAGACAUGUUUGCCAAGGCGAGCGAUUCGUCCUCGAAACAACCCAUGAACACGCUUCCUGCCUCGAAGGCAUACGGGAGAAUGUUCCCAAACAAGCUGUUUGAGACGAUUGUGACGGCGACAACCCCAACCGAUGCCAAGAACGGGCGAGUGCUCCACUGGCGAGAAAACAGGCUCAUAACCGUCAUGGAAGCACGAAGGGCACAGGGUUUCCGCGACGAAGAGGUCCUCCUGGGCGACCCCGCGACGCAGUAUAAAAUCGUUGGCAACAGCGUGGCAAGGCAAGUCGCCGUCGCUCUCGGGGUUACGUUCCGCGAAGCAUGGGUUACGAGUCUA